AUGAGUGGCAGUUCGAAUCAGUCCACCCGUACGAGUCCAGGCUCCUACAGCACUACUCAGCGCACGCCCUCGGUCUCUUCGGGCGCGUCGCCUACCCACCAGCCGCUUUCGGCCUCUCAAGCGCCCUCGACGGCUCAGAAUGCGAUGUCGACCGACGUGUACAAUACGCCCGCAUCGCAGGCACCAACUUCGUUAGGUCCUUCGUUUACCUACCCUUUCUCCCCGAUCGGCCCCUCUCCCGCUUUUGACAACGUUUCCUCGUCUGCUAUGCGUCUGGGCGACUCGGAUCGGUCGGCGCAGGGCCUGAAUGGCUUUAUCCGACCGACAAAUGGAACAGGUGGAGGCGCGAUCCUCAUGCGCAAACUCCCGCGCAACACCAGUCGCGAUGCUCUGCGCAGCAUGCUACUCUUCGCCAAAGAUUUUGUGGAUGCCGACUUUGUGCCUUCUGACGCUCCGGAGGAUAACGGAUACUUGUGUGCGGUCGCGCGUUUCAGCACCCUGGCUGCCGCGGAAGAAGCACGAGCACUUCUCGACGGCAAACCAAAUUCGAAGAACGACGCCACCAUGAUUGUGGAAAUGUUCUACGGCUCCGUUGGUUCUUCCUUGGUGCCCAGGCGAAACACAAUCGACCACACCGCGACUCGGGGCUUACUGGGACAUGUUAAUGGAGGCUUACCGCGACAGUCGUCACGCUUCAACGGAACCUUCCAGACCUUGGAGAAGCUGAGCGCGACCACGGGACCUGCUACCGCUGGUGAUACCCUACCCCCAUCUGAACCUGGCUCCCGGCUUCACAGUCUCUUCUCCCCCCAGUCCCCGAUCGGCAACGGCGUUCCCGAGCUCCCGCGGGUCAGUGGCAAAUCGAUGAUUGAUCAGGAUAUUGAUGAAGAUACUGGAGAGUUGCUCAAGGAUCCUGUGGGCUAUGCCGAAAACGGGCAUUCGUCUUCUGUUUCUGUCCCUCGACGCUCCACGAACCCUCAGAUUCUGGGUAACCAGUUUGCCAACAUGUCUUUGUCUGGCAAUCUCAAUUCCCCUCCACUACCUAAUUAUAACCAAGGGGGAAACACGCACAUUGGCGUUCCAAACCCUCCAUCGACGUUCCCCCAACCGAUGAACAAUAACAUCGGGACGGGCCAUGUGUUCCCUUAUGGUAAUCCGCAUGUACCUCGCCAUAGUCUCCCUGCAGCCAACCCGAACGACAUGAACCCUCCAUGCAAUACAUUAUACGUGGGAAACUUACCCCCAGAUACCUCAGAGGAGGAGCUGAAGGCUCUGUUCUCGAAGCAGCGUGGAUACAAGCGGUUGUGCUUCCGAAACAAACAGAACGGGCCGAUGUGCUUCGUGGAAUUUGACGAUGUGGGCACCGCUGGAAAAGCGCUAAACGAGCUGUAUGGCGUGAAGUUGUCCAACAGUAUCAAGACCGGUAUCCGCCUAAGCUUUUCGAAGAACCCUCUCGGGGUCCGAUCAGGACAGCCCGGGUCCAUGAGCGCGUCUAAUGCCAUGGCCUCUCAAGGUGGUGUGCCUGGGGGCAGUAGUCUUGGUGGAAUGCACAAUCACAUGUUUUCGACGGUCAGUGGACCGCCACCGGGCCUGUCUGCGCCCCCGGGUUUGGUUCCACCCGUGGCAAUCAGAAACAACGGUGCCAUGCAUCCCUCCGGGAGUCCAAAUGCGCCAUUGCCCAGCAACGGUACUUUCAAUGCCAAUUCGGGACUGGGAAUCCGGACAAAUCCGAUGAACGCAAUGGUGUCCCCGCCACCUCAGCUCACCGGCGGAGCUUCAGGACCCAAUGUGGGUGGCUACAAUUCCUACUACCCGGAUUAUAUGAUGGGUCGGUAG